GUGCCCUCCUACUCCCAGGAACCUUUGCCUUAUUUUCUUUGUCCAUCUUGCACGUCUGUGCGAGUGGGAGUCCUUGAUCCAUACCCAUGGAGCAAUUGUGGAAGUCUUCGGCGGGAGUCUGUACCCUUUUCCGGUGCCACAGCCUCUCUAUAUCCUCUCGCGCGUGGCCGCUCGCUCCAUUUAACCUGCUGACCAGCCGCUUUGUCUUGCCCUUCCGACCCGCUCACCUGGCCACUGCUCGCUCCUCACAGUUUUCUUUGUCGAUUGUUGCUCUUAACCUGUCAGCUAUUGACUCACUUCCCUGUAUUCUCUAAUUUGCCCUUUCAAACAUUCCUUCCAGAUCAAGGAUAUCUCUUCAACAUGCUCACUAUAGAUCAAACCCAAUCUCCCAUGCCAUAUGGCGACUCAACCUCGAAACCUACCUCUCUCAUCAUGAACGCUUCCGUAUCUCUCCCUGUUCACAAACACAUAUGGAUCGUCACCGGUCCUGCAGGAAGUGGAAAGACCACUGUAGCCAAGCAUCUCGCUGACUUCUAUGCAUUCGACUACAUCGAAGGCGAUGACUACCACCCUCCUCAAAAUAUCGCGAAGAUGGCCGCCGGCACUCCGCUAACCGACGCUGAUCGUUGGGACUGGUUGAUCUCCAUACGCGAAGCCUCCCAGAUCAAGCUUCGCACGGGUACUCCUGGCGUCGUGCUCACCUGCAGCGCACUGAAGCGCAAAUACCGCGAUGUUAUCCGUGUGGCCUCGUACAAUGACCAGAAAGUCCUUGUGCACUUCAUCUACCUCCAAACAGACGAGGAGACUAUUCUCCAACGAGUGAGAGCACGUAAAGGCCAUUAUAUGAAAGACGACAUGGUCCGCAGUCAAUUCGCCAGCCUCGAGGAACCUAAAGAAGACGAGAAAGGCUUGGAUGUAUUCUGCGUUGACGCCAGCGGCAAUAUUGAUGAUGUAGGCGAGCGUGCGACCGCCGUUGUGAAGCAAGUUCUUGCAAAUGACACUCUUGUGGCCUCUAGCUGAUGCUAGACACUCUUGAUGACUCAUUGUCUUACAUAGACUGUUGGACUUGCAUUUCAAGUUGGGAUCCUGGUGAUCUCAACCGACGGAGUUUACUUAUAGCGUAUCAUGGCCUGCAAAUAUCCCGACUUUUGGUUCUUUUGGAAUAUGCAGUGGCGUCUUUCGGUUGGCUUCUGGCUUCUGGCUUCCGGCCUCUGGUUUCAAUACCCAUAUGAUUAAUUCAAGGAGUCUCGGUAUUUCAUGUACAGAUAGGCUAUUGGGCUGCAGCGCAGCACGUUUCGGUGUAUAGUAGAGAAACUAGUCGAAUCAAAGCAUUCGAACAACUCAACAUCUAGAUCGUAAGCGACGGGAUGAUGUUGAUGUAUCUUCACGUGCCAACUGCACGAUCCC